AUGCCGAUAGCUCUUUACAGACACAUACCGAUAUCUCAUACUCACACCCGAGUUCGAGUAAUAUUGGUUGUUUCUUUCUUUCUAACUGAAUUGCUCAAUAAUCUGCAACAAUUCGUAUUACAUGCAGCUCUGGAUAUUGUUCAAGAUCUUGCAUGGACCACUAGUGCAAUGUUCUUGAAAGCGAUCGACAAAUUCAACGAUUUGGUGGUAUCGGUUUAUGUUACAGCUGAUCAUAUCCUUUAUAACAUGUUUCCUUCACUUCACGACUUAUGCUACAAUGCUCGUAGCGAAGAUGGAAUCAAGAGCUUUUUCCAAGAGGUUCAUGAGCUUUAUAUAAAGAGCCUUCUUAAUCCACUCUACUUGCCUGGUUCCCGCAUUACUUCAUCGCAUUUCGAUACGAAAGUCCAUGCUCUUGCAAGAAAACAUCUUUAG